AUGUCUGGCAGAGGGAAAGGCGGGAAGGGACUCGGCAAAGGCGGUGCUAAGCGCCAUCGCAAGGUGCUGCGCGACAAUAUCCAGGGCAUCACCAAGCCGGCUAUUCGCCGCCUGGCUCGGCGCGGCGGCGUGAAGCGCAUCUCCGGGCUCAUCUACGAGGAGACGC